GUAUUUUUCAGCAUUGUCAAAAGGCAAGACCCUUCCUGUGAAGGAGCGGCUUGAAUUGCCUUUAGCAACAGAGAGGACAGAUGCUGGUUUGACCCUAGGACUCCUUAAAGUCUUGCACAAACAGCUUUCUUCCAAAGGCAUGGUGAAUGUUGCAGAACUGCGGGAAAAAUGGAAGGACUUGUGCUUGCCAGAGGAGCAGCUGGAAGCUAUCCUGCAGCUGGGCGACUUUGGCGAGGAGGUGGAGUGGAUGAAGGUCCUGGCGCUUGGGUGCAGCAUACUCGGCAAGUCCUUACUGAGUUCCAUGAAACACGCUUGUGAAAUCUUAACAAGGGACCCAGAAGGAGGAGCAGCCAGCGUUCCCUUUGAAACCUUCUCGUUCCUCUACUCCUAUCUGGCCGGUAUCGAUGGAGAGAUACCAGAGGAUAAAACUGAAGCAUUCCUCUGCAAAAUUAAAGAACAAGCGUAA